AUGGCAAGAAUGGUUUUCGAUGGCAUGCCGAGAAGGAGCACGGUGUCAUGGAAUGUCAUUUUUGCGCUAUACGCAAAGGUGAAGGACUGGCGUGAGUGUUUGAAUCUGUUUGAUGCGAUGAUGGCUGUGGGGGAAAGCAAACCAAAUGAGAAGACAUUUGUGAGCAUUUUGACAGCCUGUGGGAACCUGGGUGAUCUUGAGAGGGGAAGGUGGGUGCAUCACUUGGUUCGUGAGAAGUGGGAGAGACUUCUUCCUGACGUACUACUUCUUACUGCUAUGCUGACAAUGUAUGCCAAGUGUGGGGUGAUGGGGACAGCAAAGGAGAUAUUUGAUUCGAUGAUCGAAAAGAGUGUUGCAUCCUGGAACUCAAUGAUCAUUGGCUAUGGGUUGCAUGGGCACAGUGAGAAGGCCCUUGAGUUGUUCAUGGAGAUGGAGAAGAAUGGGCCUCAGCCAAAUGAGACGACUUUCAUCUGCAUCUUGAGCUCCUGUGCCCAUGGAGGCUUGGUGCUUGAAGGCUGGUGGUGUUUUGACAGGAUGGUCAGGUUCUACAAUAUGGAGCCCAAGGCUGAGCACUUUGGCUGUAUGAUGGAUCUCCUUGGUCGUGCUGGGCUGCUCAGAGACUCAGACAAGCUCAUCAAGAAUUUGCAGGCAAAGGUGUCACCUGCAUUAUGGGGUGCCCUGAUAUCAGCCUCUCGAACUCAGGACAGCUCCCAACUUGGAGAGUUUAUUGGAACUAAGCUGAUUGAAAUGAAGCCAACAGAGUUCAGCUCCUAUGUGUUUCUGUCAAACAUUUAUGCCGCGGAAGACAGAUGGGAUGAUGUUGAAAAAGUAAGGAAGGUGAUGAAGGAGAAGGUAGUGGAGAAAGAUGUGGGGAUUUGCUGA